CUUCUGCAAAUGGUCUUGUGAUCACUUUAUAACUAUAUUCUUCGACUAUUAGCUUUUCUUUGAAGUGCCUAUUACCUUUUCUGGUUAGCUUUGUGAGAGCAAUUAUGGCUGUUUCCUUUCUCAUACUAUUUCCUUGAUAUUAUAAAUUAUGAUUACACCAACCCACAUAACCAACCUCAAGGACACCACACCCUUCUUUUUCUUUAUUGUGCUCCUGUGAUCCUUAUCAUAUUUAAUUAGUUGGUGUUCUACAAUAGGACUUUGCAGAUACUUCAAUCCCUUAAUUUACUUUUAGUCUCUUGUGUUGUCUUCAUGUGUAUGCUUUUUUACAUUUCUUGCAUGUGAAUAUUUUGGUUCCCUUAUACUCCCUUUCUCGGUUGUCCAUGGUCAUUACAAUUUCCAUUUAACUUUCUUCUGCUGUAUCAGCUUUCUAUAUUCCUCACAUAGGUCCAGCUUCUUCUUUUGGAGAGUUACUAUACUCUUGUGCUGUAUUAGUUCUUCCUUUUCACCUUUGCAAUCAUUAGUUUCAGUGUGAGAUUGUGUUGAUUUGGUUUGUUCUUCUUAGUGUUAUUAUCUGUUUUUUUUGUUAAAGUUGUUUAAGUCUUUCAAAUCACUAGUCUUUAGUGUUUCAAUUUUCUCAAUGCCUCCUACAAAUUUUCCUCUUCGUUGGGAGAGCACUGGGGACCAAUGGUGGUUUGCAUCACCUAUAGAUUGGGCUGCUGCUAAUGGCCACUUUGACUUGGUUCGUGAACUGCUUAGACUUGACAGCAACCACCUUUUCAAGCUAACUUCCCUACGCCGAAUCCGGCGCCUUGAAGUUGUGUGGGAUGAUGAAGAACAGUUUAAUGAUGUUGCAAAGUUUCGUGCUCAGGUGGCACAGAAGCUUCUUGUAGAAUGUGAAUCCAAGAGAGGGAAGAACUCUCUUAUCCGUGCAGGCUAUGGUGGAUGGCUAAUGUAUACUGCAGCCUCAGCUGGGGACCUGGGUUUUGUUCAAGUACUUCUUGAGAGAAACCCUCUUCUAGUUUUUGGUGAAGGAGAGUAUGGUGUUACUGAUAUACUUUAUGCUGCUGCAAGGAGCAAGAAUUGUGAGGUUUUUAGGCUGCUAUUUGAUUUUGCUGUUUCUCCAAGGUUUCUCACAGGCAAAGGUGGGAUUAUGGAAGAGCAUAUUGGGGACAUUCCUUCUGUUUAUAAGUGGGAGAUGACCAAUAGGGCUGUUCAUGCUGCUGCUAGAGGAGGUAAUCUUAAGAUUUUGGAGGAGCUUCUUGCUAAUUGCUCCGAUAUUUUGGCUUAUAGAGAUGCUCAGGGCUCAACUAUCUUACAUUCAGCUGCAGGCAGAGGGCAGGUUGAGGUGGUUAAAUAUCUUGCAUCAUCUUUUGACAUGAUCAACUCCACAGACCACAAGGGUAACACUGCUUUGCAUGUGGCUGCUUCCAGAGGCCAAUUAGCUGCAGCUGAAGCUCUAGUCUCUUCAUUUCCCACACUGAUCUCUCUGAGAAACAAUGCUGGAGAAACUUUUCUCCAUAAGGCUGUGUCUGGUUUUCAGACUCCUGCAUUCAGAAGAUUGGACAGACAAGUUGAGCUUUUGAGGAAGUUACUAAGUGGGAAGAACUUUCAUGUAGAAGAUAUUAUCAAUGUCAAGAACAAUGAUGGAAGAACUGCUCUUCACAUGGCCAUCAUAGGAAACAUUCACACUGAUCUUGUGCAACUCCUAAUGACUGCUCCAUUAAUAAAUGUGAAUAUCUGUGAUGCUCAUGGCAUGACCCCACUUGAUUACCUUAGGCAACAACCCAACUCAGCAUCAUCAGAUAUACUAAUUAAAAAGUUGAUCUCAGCUGGAGGAAUGUUUGGUUGUCAAGGUUAUAAUUCAAGAAAAGCCAUAGCUUCACACUUGAGAAUGCAAAGCAUUGGAAGCAGUCCUGGGGCAUCAUUUAGAAUCUCAGACACUGAAAUAUUUUUGUACACAGGCAUUGAGAAUGUAUCAGAUGCUAGUGCUGAUCAUGUAAGUGCAGGAAUGAGUUCAUCUUCAUCAGAACAUAUUCCAUAUGACUCAACCACUGACAACCAUAUGUCAACCACAAGCAAAAGGCCAAGUUCUGUGAACUAUGCAGCAGCAAGGUUGAAAAGAGUGCUUCAGUGGCCUAGGGUGAAGGACAAGAAAAUUGAAGGAUUCAAGAAAUCUAUAGAUGAGGGUUCAGUGGACUCAUCAAGGAAAUGGAAUAAUAACAACUGUGAUGAAACUCCAACCCCACUUAGACAAAGAUUUUCUAGGCCAUGUUCACUUCCUAACAACAAAAGAACUCUUUCAGUUAGGAGUCACCAAUCAAGUCCAAAUGCCAAGAAGAGAUUUGCUUCAGGACUAGUCCAUGGAGUUAUGCAAUCUGUGCCACAAGUAAAGGUUUCAGGCAGAUCCAGGUCUAGUUCCUUUUCAAAGUCAUCAAUUUCUUCACCUAGAUCAAUAGAUAAGCAAAAGGGUGUUUACAUUGACAAUGAAAUUGCUGGACCAUCUUGCACAAAUCAACUACCUGAUGAUGAUGGAUCACCAAAAUUGGCAAAGAGAAAUUCUGUUAGUAAGAAAUUGAGGGGCAAUUAUUUCUGUUUUGGUGCACCUGGCCUUAAUGUCAAAACCUCAGUUCAUAGGAGGCAAGAAAGUCAAAGUUACAAGGCUCAUGUUGUUGCAGUGGCUUAAUUGGAUGAGCUCAGCUAAUUCCUUAGUUGUAAGUUUUUAUAGAUUAUAUUUUGUUACUUAAGACUAGUUCAUCCUCAAAGAGGUGAUUAAAACGUCAUGGUUUAAAUACGAGAAACAACCUCUUUGAAAAUAUAUAAGGAUAAGACUGUAUACAAGGAUUGUUCUUACCUUACCCUCAUUAGUCAGGGUUUAAUAAGGAGUGGUUUUAAGAUUAGCUCAUCCUCAACUCAACUUG